ACAUGGUAAGCCCUGACCCCCUCCCCACAGGCAAGGCUGUGCAGGGAGCAGCACCCGGGGCUGUGGAUUAGGGAGCAGCCAACAGACACAGGGGACUGCCCACAGCUUGAACCCAUGCCAGGGUGUGGGGCACAGACAGCCGGACAGACCCCAAGCCCUGGACUGAUGCAGGGGGAGGAGCGAGGUCCAGUCUGCUCCCAGGGAGGACCAGGAUGCCCAGGUGCUGCCAGCUGGCCACCCUCUAUGACCAAGUUCCCCCACUCCAUGGCACCACUGCCCCCUGCCAGCAAGCCACACGCCUGCAUGUCAGUGGUGGUGAUAGUCUCCACCAUGGUGGCGGUGGACGUGUACCUGAUGGAGCUGAGCGCUGGAGCGCAGCGGGCCAGCGUGUUGGCCCUGGCACUGGCAGGUGAUCUGUGCUUCCUCUUGGUGCUGCGCUAUGUGGGGGCAUGGGCGGAUGCCGAGCCCCGGACCCCGCGGCAUGGCUACACCAUGGCACUCUGGUUCCUCUUUGUCUUCACCCUGGAGAUCAAGCUAUACUUCAUCUACCAGGGGUACCGAGCCGAUCGGCGCACCCCUGACCUGCUGGCCCGCCGUACCCUGACCCUGCUGCUCUCCAUCUGCAUCCCCUCCCUAUACGUGGUCCUAGUGGCCACCGAGCACUUGGAGCAUGUGGCCACCUUCCGGCGCAAGGAGGAUCUGCGCGGCCGGCUCCUCUGGGUGGUGGUGGACCUGCUGGACCUGCUGGAGAUGCAGGCCAGCCUGUGGGAGCCUCAGCGGCAGAGGCUGCCACUAUGGGCCGAGGGCCUGACUUUCUUCUACUGCUACAGCCUGCUGCUGGUGCUGCCCUGCGUGGCACUGGGCGAGAUGGGCCUGCCUGCCCCACCCCACCUCCCACUUUACCCGCUGCUCAGCCUGCUGGCCGUCAACCUGACCACACUGGCCAUCCGGGCUGCUGACCUGCUGCUCUACCGCGAUCAGCGGGUCUCCUCCAUCUUCAUGGCCAAGAACCUACUGGCCAUUGUGCUCAAGGGGUGCACGGCACUGCAGUACCACAGAGCUGGGGCCGCUGGGCCCAGGGAGCUUCCCCCUGGGGACAUGCCAUGUCACACUCUUCAGUGUGGAGGCAUGGACAGCACCUCUGGACCCAGGUUCAUCCCCCGGGAGUUCUGAGUGCGCAGGGAUGCUGGAACACCCACACCCUGAGCUGGAGGGACACUGGCUGUGAGCAUGGGGCCAGAUCCCCAGCUGGUGUUACCCAGCAAAGCUGCCCUGAUGUAAACUGGCCCCCAGGCUCCUUCACACCCAGAGGAGGGCUGAGAUCACAAACCUUCCUUGGGCACAAACCACUAUUCACUAAGGGAUGGGACUAGCAUAGAAAGGGGCGAAGGGACACCAGCAGUGCUGGGGUGGGAGGCAGGAUUCACCCCUGCCCUUUGGGCUCCACUCCUCCCUGCAGGCCAUGGUGCACCACCCCUGCAUGCACUCAUCUCCCGUCUGUGCGGAGCUAGACUGAGACACAUGGGUCCACACCCAGCUGACCCAGUGUCAAGCCCAGGCCGCAGCACUGGAUGGGCCCAAUGGGUGGUGCCAGCUAUGGUCCUGACAUUUGGAGAGGUAGGGGGCACAUGCCCGGGCCUGGCAGCUCCAUGCAGGACAUGGGGACAGAGGUGAAAUAAAGAGGAGCUAACACACAACAGACCUUGGAUCCCAGGGUGCAGAGUCCUGGGGUUGCAUGCAGGGGUGGUGCACCGUGGCCUGCAGUCACCACCCCAUGCCCCCAGGGGAGCGCCAGCCCCUGCCAUUGGCAAAGGCCAGGCUGUGGAGGGAUGGAGUUCUGAGUACCCACCUCUAUCAGCCAGCAAGAGGGGAGGGGAAGGGAGAUGGGAGUAAACACAAGGGGCUGGGAGCCAGGACUCCUGGGUUCUGUCCCAGCUCAGUCACUGACUCACUGUGUGACCUCAGAGAAAUGUUUUGUCCCUCUCCUGGCCCACAGUUUCCCAUCGUAGAGUUCAGGGCAUUCCCAUCCCAGUGGCAGGUGGUUAGUGAGUGACCUCUGAGAGCAGGCUGUGAAAUCCCCUAUGAGGGGCUGUGGCCCCCUCUCCCAUCACUGGGGAGAGGCUCACACAUUGGCUCCUUUAGAGCCAGGCCCAGCCCAGCACCCCAGCAAGUCCUGGCUCUGUGCUUGGGCUACCCCAUCCCCUCCCAGCUAGAGAGAAGGGACCUUAACACAGACCCUUCCCUGCACCCAUCCUGUGCCACUCACCUGCCCCAGCACCGGAACAUGGCCACCUCUGGGGUGGGCACAGGGGCUGUUUAUAUAGCGCUCCCUCCCCAGCACCCCUUGGAGGGCAAAGGGCCAGUGCCCCCUUCCCUGGCCCUGCUGUCCCAGGAGUCGGGGGAAUGAGGUAAGGAAACAAGCAGAAUGAACUCACACUGUCUUUCCCCAAGGGCACAGUCCCUGAUCUGGCCCCAAACAAGGGGGCCUGGCUGGGGACUCAGGGCUGUUGGCUCAUAUUUACAGCAAAAGCCUUUUGUGGGUUUUGCAGCAACCUCCAGCCCCUUCUCCAGAGCCGGGACAAUCCCAGCUUGGGGGGCAGGAUUCAGAGGGGUCACCCCAUGGCCCUGUUACAGUAGGGCACCACAUGGGGCAGCAGCAGUUGGAGGGGCGGAGGCAGCCCAGCAGGGCUCUUCACACUCCCAGCAGAGGAGAGUCCAAGUGCCCUGCUGCUGGGCUCUGCCAUGCCAGGAAGCAGCAUGGUCUUGGGGGAGGGUGCACUGGGCUGGGACUCAGGACACUGGGGUGCAAUCCCCGCCACUGAUUCCCUGCAUGACCAUAGAUGACUUGUGGCUGCUCUGUGGGCCUCAGCUCCCAGCUAACAGCCACCCUACCCCUGCCUGGGAGCUCUUUGGGGCAGGUGUCUUGGUAUGGGGCUAUGCAGCCCCCAGCAUGACGAGGGCUGAUCUCAGGCGAGGGGUGGGGUGUGUGUGCAGCGCCCAGUAGAACGGUGCCUCUGGGCUCCACCUUUGUACAAGCAGCAGCAGCUACAGACGGGGGGCUCAGUGUGAGCCUGGGGCAGGCAGGGGGCAUUCUCAGCCAUUCCAGACCGGCCCCUCUUUAGCCAUUGUCUGAACACAGCCUGGAGCCCCAGGAGCAGCAGACAUGACAACAUGCAGGUGCAUUGUUGAGCAGCGCUUGCUCUAAGUGGUGGGAUCGGGAGCAUGGCGGGAGCUUGUGCAGUCAGAUGUCAAGGCCAGAAGGGCCCAUUCACAUCCUCUAGUCUGACCCCUGGGCUGGAUAAUCUGCCCAGGGAUCCUGCAGCCUGCCCAGAGCUGCUUGUUGAGCUGGAGUGGAGCUUUUAGAGAAAGACACCAGGGCUGCAUUGAGAUUCCAAGCAAGACUCCCUUCCCACCCCACCCCUGGGGCACUUGUCAGAAGGGCAGAUCUGCCUCCCUCUUAAACAAUGGCCUAAGAAUGCAUCCAGGCAUCUCUUCCAGGCCCUUGACUCUUGCUCAGCCUCUGUUGGUGACAUUAAUGAGCUCCCUGCUCCAGAACCGCCCCCACCCCACGCGGAAGGGCUGAGAGACUGAAUCACAACCCCUUGUGAUUCGCGAGUGCCCCAUGCCCAGCCUGGCUGCCCUGAUUGGGCCCAGAACCCCAACACAAAGUUCAGUAGAGCAAUAUUUCUCUGUCUCCCCCCCCCACCACCAAGGAGGAGGAUGCUUCAAUAUUAGAGAGCUCAAGAGCCAGUAGAGGGACGACCCCACAGGAGACUCAACCCUAAAGGGCUCCGUGCCCCCAACUGUGUCUCCCAAUCAUGCCUGGGAAGGCUGGAUCUCUUCCUGCCCACAAACACUGUGUCCCGGUAACAGGCGUAAGAGGAAAUCCUUUCAUAAGCUGGGAAGCGGCCCUGACAUCUGCAUCCAGCCAACAAAUGGGAGGAGGCUAAAGACCCCGUACUGCAAGAUUUGAACCACAGAUCUGGCAGCCUUAAGCAGCCCAGAGUGAGAGCAGCUAACCCUGGUCCCACAUUGUGAGUAGCCACAGGGGGCAGCAGGAACCCCGCGGAGGGGAUUAUUUUGGAGCAUGGCUGUCCCAGAAGCACCUGCUGUCCUUGCAGCGAACCUCAUUGCCCCACACCACUGAUUAAACACAGCAACCAUCCCCAGCAUAACAGCCCCCCGGAUUACAUAGCCAGUGAGGGGCCUGGCCUACCUGCCCG